AUGUCGUUCAAGGGUAUCAAGAAGUCGCUUGUGCGUGCUCCCCAGUCUUUGCGUCAAAAGAUGAACAUGGGAGAGGUCACGCAAGAUGCUGUUUAUCUCGAUGCUGAGCGUAGAUUCAAGGAAUUGGAAAUGGAAACCAAGAAGCUCAGCGAUGAAUCUAAGAGAUACUUUACCGCGGUCAACGGAAUGUUGGAUUAUCAAAUCGACUUUUCCAAAGCCAUUGAGGAGAUCUACAAGCCCAUCAGUGGUCGUCUCUCCGACCCCAACGCAACGGUACCCGAGGACAACCCAGAAGGUAUUAAGGCUGCUGAGCAAUAUCGGGAGGUUGUCAAAGAAAUGAAGGAGACGUUGAAGCCGGAUCUUGAGCUCAUUGAGAAGCGUAUCGUGGACCCAGCUCAGGAAUUGUUGAAGGUGAUUAACUCCAUCAGAAAGAUGGCCACCAAGAGAGACCACAAACAGGUCGACUUGGAUCGCCACAAGCGUACAUACAAGAAGUAUGAGGAGAAAAAGGAACGUACGGUCAAAGAUGAAGAGAAGAUGUACGCUGCGGAGGCAGAGGUACAAAUUGCACAACAGGAAUACGACUAUUAUAACGAGAUGUUGAAGCAGGAAUUACCAGUUUUGUUCCAAAUGCAACUGGACUUUAUCAAACCUUUGUUUGUCUCCUUCUAUUACAUGCAGUUGAAUAUCUUCUACACUCUAUACACAAGAAUGGAGGAAUUGAAAAUUCCUUACUUUGACCUCAACCUGGACAUCGUUGAAGCCUAUACAGCUAAGAAGGGUAAUAUCGAGGAUUUAACUGACGAAAUUGGUAUCACACAUUUCAAGGUUGGGCACGCAAAGAACAAAUUGGAAGCUGUUAAAAGAAGACAUCAAAUGAUGGGUGGCCCAGGUUCCGCUCCAAACUCUGCCUCUGGAAGCUCGCUUCCUUCCUAUUACCAGAGCCCAGACUCGACGUAUGCGCAGUACGGUGCUGGUAAUGAGAAGCAAGGCUUCCCGAAUGAGAAAGCUGGCUAUUCCGCAUCCCCUAUUAGUGCAACGGGAGCUCCUGCUUCUUACGGAACUCAGUUCAAUGCUCCUCAGGCUAGCUCAUAUCCACAACCUGUUGGUGCGACUACCCAGGCUGGCGCCUUGCUGCCACCUCCAUAUCAAAAUGCACCUGUGGCCACAUGCACAGCAUUGUACGACUACAAUGCGCAAGCACAAGGUGAUCUCACAUUUACCGCAGGUGCUGUGAUAGAGGUGGUUGAAAAAGGCGAUGCUAACGCAUGGUGGACUGGACGCUACAAUGGGCAGACUGGAUCAUUUCCGGGAAAUUAUGUGCGGUUAAAUUAG